GUAAUGUCUACGAAAUCGUAUUGCGCAUCUAUACGAAGUACAGGUAGCGCAAAGGUGCCAAGAGAUAUUAAACGUGGAAAACUUCUCUCUGAAGUUAAGUUUCCACAACAAUUUUUUGGAUUAUUUAAUGUAAAAUAUUCACCAGAUGGUAACGAUCUUCUUACAUGUUUUGGACAGGGAGCUAUUCAGGUAAGGUGUCCGACCACUGGUACCUUAAAACGAACUAUUCGAAGUGGUGGUAAUUAUUCGUAUCCCAUACAAUGUGCAAGAUUUAAUCCAUUACAUACAUCGAAAUGCUAUGCUGCAAGCACUUGUGGAAAUGUAUUUAUCUGUGAUGCAAUACAAUAUGAUUAUACAACAUUUGCUACAGAAUACAAAAAUGAAAUAAACUCAAUUGAUGUUACAUGUGAUGGAGGAAAUGUUAUUACUGGUGGAAAAGAUACAUUUACUCGUGUGUAUGAUGCAGACACUACUAAAUUAAAAUGCAUGUACGGUAAAGAGAAAGGGAAGGUUCGAAAUUCGUUUGAUGAAAAACAAAAAUUUCAUUUCAUGCGUAUUUAUUGUGUGAAAUCUCAUCCAAGAUUCAAUGAAGUGUUUUUAACUGGUGGCUGGGACGAUAUUGUGCUGAUUUGGGAUUUGCGAGAUCCAUAUGGAUGUGUGCGAAGUAUUAAAGGACCGCAUAUUUGUGGAGAUUCAAUUGAUAUAAGAGAUAAGAUAAUUUUAACUGGAUCAUGGACAGUACGAGAGAGUAUCAAACUUUGGGAUUUUGGUUCUGGUGAACUAAUAAGCGUAGUUAUGCCUACCAAUCGACCAUCUUGCCUUGGUGGUGAAUAUGUUUAUGCAUGUCAGUUUUACGAUGGCGAUUCAACUGAUGAUCAAAUAAUCUCCGGUGGUAGUGGUGGAGAAUACGUUGAGGUCAUAAGUUUAAAAGAAAAUAAAGUGAUGACUUUUCUUAAAACGAAUAAACCAUGUCAAACUUUAGACUCAUAUCAAGAUAAAAUAACUUAUGGUGGUAUGGAACCUUGUUUUCGCAUUAUUGACUAUAGUAAUUGCUAUUAA